AUGAAGUUUUAUAUAUCUGCAAAGGGAAUUAAGCGAUUCACGAUAUCGAACGGCGGAGGUAAGGGAUCGGCUAAGGAUACAACGGCGACGACGGUGGCAGGUGGUCCGACUGUAACUGCCUCUUCCAGUCGCCGAAUUUCACUCCGGGCGGUGCUUCCGGUAGUGUUAGUGCUCGGAAUCGUUCUACCGUUUAUUUUUGUUAGAGUCGCGAUCUUGGUGCUGGAAUCUGCUACUUUCUGUUCAUCAUUGGAGUGUGCUGGGUGGAGGUUUUUUGGAGGAGCUGACACGUCAUUGAAACUCAGAGAUGAGCUGACUCGAGCGCUGAUGGAAGCAAAUGAUGGAAGUGUUAAUGAUAAUGAAGGAGUAGGGUCAUUCAACGAACUUGUUAAAGAGAUGGUCUUAAAACAAGACCUCAAAGCUUUUGCUUUCAAGACCAAAGCAAUGUUAUUACAGAUGGAGCACAAGGUGCAAAGAGCAAAACAGCAGGAGUCAGUUUAUUGGCAUCUAGCUUCACAUGGUGUUCCACAAAGUCUACAUUGUCUUUGUCUUAAGUUGGCGGAAGAAUAUGCCGUAAAUGCCAUCGCUCGAUCUAGUCUACCUCCUCCUGAAUUCGCUUCUCGCCUUGCUGACCCUACUCUGCAUCACCUAGUUCUCCUAACUAAUAAUGUCCUAGCUGCCUCUGUUGUUGUAACUUCUACAGUUGAAAAUUCAGCCAACCCUGAAAAAUUAGUUUUUCAUGUUGUUACCGACAAAAAAACUUACGCUUCAAUGCAUGCAUGGUUUGCUACCAAUACUAUUCAGUCAGCUAUUGUGGAAGUUAGGGGAUUACACCAAUAUGAUUGGUCUGAAGAAAUGAAUGCUGGUGUUAAAGAGAUGCUGGAAACUAAUCACUUAAUUUGGAAGCACUACUACGAUAAAGAAAAGAACAUCAAUUAUAGUAAUUUGAACGCGUUACGGCCCAGCAGCCUUUCCUUGAUGAAUCAACUCCGCAUUUAUAUACCUGAGCUUUUUCCGGAUCUUAAAAAGAUAGUAUUCUUGGAUGAUGAUGUUGUGGCACAACGUGACAUAUCUUCUUUAUGGGACUUGGAUCUUAACGGUAAAGUCAGUGGUUCUGUAUUCAAGUCAUGGUGUGAAGACGACUGCUGCCCUGGAAGUAAAUACAUGAACUACUUGAACUUUUCACAUCCUCUCAUAUCAUCUAAUUUUGAUGAUGAACAGUGUGGAUGGCUUUAUGGCAUGAAUGUAUUUGAUCUUGAUGCUUGGCGAAGAACAAACAUAACCGAGACCUACCGGAAAUGGUUGAAACUUAACCUCGAAUCAGGGACAGCAUUGUGGAAUCCAGGAGUGCUUCCACCUGCAUUGAUUGCGUUUGACGGUCAAGUGCAUCCUAUAGAUCCAUCACUGAUUGUGACUGAUUUAGGUUAUCGUUAUCGAUCAGAAGAAAUUAGCAAAGAGAGUCUAGAAGCUGCUUCUGUUAUCCAUUUCAGUGGACCUGCAAAGCCAUGGCUUGAAAUUGGUUUCCCAGAAUAUAGAAGAUUAUGGAGUAGAUAUGUAAAUUCCUCUAAUAAGUUUGUAAGGAGAUGUAGGAUUAUAAGGUGA